AUGUCCGAUGAACAGCGGAUAUCCAUGGUCGCUUGCUAUCAGUGCACUGAGAUUGGGGUGGAUCAGGAGGUAGUUCAACUUGCUGAACUUGAGAAAUGGGUUGAGAAAUCGGCGGGGAAAUUGGGGUCGGCGCAGAUUGAGCAGGGGAAUUCUGCGCAUUCAGGGAACCAAAACCGGACAGUUUGGAGUGCUUCUUCCGAAUCUUGCGGGCAGCAUCUUUUGCCCUGCAAUCGGAGCAAGUCCGGUAAGACCCCGAAAUACCAGAACUCCAAGGUCGUUGGCACCGAGUACAGAUAG